AUGGACAACGUUGCGAAGGAACCGUUUAAUAUGUCAGAUGGAUCAGUAAUUUGCUAUACACCAACUUUGGCAACAACAAAUGGUGUAUGGCAGGGAGAUAACCCUUUAAAUUUCUCCCUCCCUCUCUUCGUCUUGCAAUUAACGUUAGUUGUUCUUUCCACACGUUUCUUUCUUUUCCUCCUCAAGCCAUUUCACCAACCCCGUGUAAUUGCUGAAAUCAUAGGUGGAUUGCUGUUGGGCCCAUCAGUGCUUGGUAGAAAUGAGAAAUAUGGAAGUACUGUAUUCCCUCUAAAAAGUGUGGUGGUGCUUGAGACAAUGGCAAACAUAGGUGUCAUAUACUUCUUGUUCCUAGUUGGGUUAGAGAUGGACCUUUCUUUUAUCAAACGCACUGGAAAAAAGACUGUGUCCAUAGCCCUUGCUGGUAUGAUAUUGCCAUUUUUAGUUGGUGUUGGUGUCUCCUUUUUAUUAAGAGACAGAGAGAAAAAUAUGAGCAUGGGCAUGGGCAGCUAUAUCCUUUAUCUUGGUAUUACUUUAUCUGUGACUGCAUUCCCAGUGCUUGCUCGCACACUUGUUGAGCUGAAACUUAUCAACACAGAGCUCGGCAAGCUUGCCCUCUCAACUUCUCUCAUCAGUGAUGUGUGUGCCUGGAUUUUGCUUGCUCUAGCUAUUGCUUUAUCAGAGCAACAUAUUAGUUCCUGGGCCUCCAUUUGGGUUAUACUAUCAAAUGUUGUUUUUGUUGCUUUCUGCAUUCUUAUUGUUAGACCAACAGUUAAGUGGAUGAUCAAGAGAACCCCAGAAGGAAAACCCUUCAGUGAGUUCCAAAUAUGUAUGGUGCUCAUUGGAGUUAUGAUCUCAGCCUUCGUUACGGAUGUACUUGGAACACAUUCUGUUUUUGGAGCUUUUGUAUAUGGCCUAGUAAUUCCAAAUGGCCCACUUACAGCUGCUAUAAUAGAAAAGCUUGAAGAUUUUGUUUCCGGGCUUUUACUCCCACUUUUUUAUGUCAUUAGUGGGCUUAAGACUGAUAUCAACUCAAUCAGUGCAGCUGGUAGAUGGUUGAUAGUACUCAUGGUGAUUCCUCUUGCUUGUUUGGGCAAGAUCCUCGGGACUACUCUUAUUUCAGCCUUUUUCCAGAUACCAACCCGUGAUGGUAUUGUUCUUGGUUUACUUAUGAAUACUAAAGGCCUUAUUGAAAUUAUUGUGCUCAAUGUUGGGAGGGAACAAAAGGUCUUGAGUGAGGAAAUAUUUUCAAUUAUGAUUGUUAUAACGCUUAUAAUGACCGGAAUAAUUCCACCCAUUGUGACAUUAAUUUAUAAGCCAAGAAAAAGGCUCAUACCUUACAAAAAGAGAACAGUGCAAAAUUCAAGACUUGAUGCAGAGUUUCGGGUGCUGGUGUGCAUUCACGCACCUAGAAAUGUGCCUACAAUAAUUAAUCUCAUCGAAGCAACCCACCCCAACAAAAGGUCUCCCAUAUGUGCUUAUGUGCUCCACUUGGUUGAACUCACUGGUAGAGCUUCUGCUAUGCUCAUUGUCCAUGCUGAUCAACAAUCAGGACGCCCAGCCCUCAACAAAACACAAGCACAAACCGACCACAUUAUCACAGCAUUUCAGAACUUUGAGAAACACGUUGGUUAUGUCUCAGUCCAACCCUUGACAGCUGUUUCCCCUUACUCCACCAUGCAUGAAGACAUAUGCAAUUUGGCAGAGGAGAAAAGGGUAUCCAUCAUCAUCAUUCCUUUCCAUAAGCAACAAACAGUUGAUGGAGAUAUGAAGGACACAAAUCCAGCAUUCAGAAUGGUGAACCACAACUUAUUACAGAACUCUCCUUGCUCAGUUGGUAUACUUGUUGAUAGAGGCCUUAACGGUUCCAACCGCUUAACAGCAAAUCAAUCAUCUCAUCAGGUUGCUGUGUUGUUUUUUGGAGGACCAGAUGAUAGAGAAGCACUUUCCUAUGGAUGGAGAAUGUCAAGGCAGCAAAGGGUACGCCUCACUGUCAUGCAUUUCAUUCCAGGCAAGGAUGCAACUAGGCCUCCACCUACAGAUCAGUUAAACACUGAGGAUGAACUAGACAAUCAAAACACAAAUACUGGGAAGAGUGACAACAAAAUGGAUGAGGAGUUUAUUAAUGAGUUCAGAAUGAUGGCUGCAAAUGAUGACUCAAUUGUUUACAUGGACAAGGUUGUAAAUAAUGGGGAGGAAACAGUAUCUGCUAUAAGAUCAAUGAACAAUGUCAAUGACCUCUUCAUAGUUGGGAGAGGUCAAGGUACAAGUUCACCACUAACGGAUGGCCUAACAGAUUGGAGUGAAUGCCCCGAGUUGGGAGCCAUUGGGGAUUUGUUAGCUUCAUCAGACUUUGAAACAACAGCUUCAGUGUUGGUGAUACAUCAAUAUGUUGAGCAAGGAACAGAAGGUGAGGACAUUUUUGUAACUGAAAAACCAUGGCAAACAAGUGAAAACUAUCAUAAUGUAAAACAACAUAUGGGAAGAUAUACAACAGCGCCAGUCUAUAUUGGACAACCUCUAUUCUAA